CUUCAACAUAUUUUCAUUCGUAAGUCGUUAGGAAGACUUCAGUGUCUUUCAACUAAAAGAUUUUAGUAUUUUCCUAUUGAAAAUCUCUCUCAUUGAGAGCUGCUUCACAAUCCGAUAAGUUCUUGAAGCUUAAUUAUGACACGUAAAAGAAUUGCUGUUAUCGGAGCUGGUCCCUGCGGAUUGACUACUGUAAAAUGUCUAUUGGAGGAGAACCUCAUACCGACAUGCUUUGAGCAAACGGAACACAUUGGUGGUUUGUGGAGAUACCAUGAGGACGACAUUGACGGUUUAGCAUCGGUAAUGAAAACUACAAUUAUAAACAGCAGUAAAGAAAUCACAGCUAUGAGCGACUUUCCACCAUCAGCUGAUGCAUCAAAUUAUAUGCACAACAAACAAGUGUAUGAAUACCUGAAAAGCUAUUCAAAGGCAUUUGAUUUAGAAAAAUAUGUCGUAUUCAAUAAAGAAGUUAUCGAGGUAGAUGUAGCCGAAUCUUACGAUGUCACUGGACGACUUAAUGUAGUUACUAAAGACACCAAAACAAAUCGAAUUUCUCAAGAAGAGUUUGAUGGCGUUAUGGUAUGCAUUGGCCAUCAUGUCUAUCCAAAUAUGCCAACAUUUUCAGGCAUGGACAAAUUCAGAGGUACAAUCAUGCAUACGCAUAGCUUGAAGAAAGUUGACGAGCUGGCUGAAAAAAGAGUAGUGGUGGUGGGAGUUGGAAAUUCCGGGAUGGAUGCAGCAGUGGACAUUAGUACAGUAGCAAAACAAGUAUAUCUUAGCACAAGGCGAGGAGCUUGGGUAUUGCCAAGGGUUGGUCCAGGAGGUAUGCCAUUCGAUCUUGUGAUGCUUCGAAGAUGGCUAAAUGUUUUGCUCAAAUCACUACCUUAUUUUCUUGUUUGCUGGUUUACCGAGAAAAUGUUGAAUUAUAAUUUUGAUCACUAUCUCUAUAAUUUGAAGCCACAGCACCGAGUUUGGAGCCAGCAUCCAACGAUAUCUGACACUUUGCCUAUCAGACUCCUAAGUGGCACCGUGGUGGUAAAGAAGAACAUAGAAACAUUUACUGAAAACGGCGUCAUUUUCGAAGAUGAAAUGAAUGUUACUGAAUGCGAUACAAUUGUUUUUGCGACUGGUUACAAAAUAAAUUUUCCAUUUCUCAGCAACAAAAUAGCUGCCGUGAAAGGAAAUGAAGUUCAUUUGUACAAAUAUGUUUUCCCACCACAUAUGAAACAUCCUUCGCUGGCAAUAUUGGGAUUGGUUCAGAUCGUUGGUGGCGGGUUUCCUGUUGGAGAAAUUCAAGGUCGUUGGGCAACUCUGGUAAUGAACAGGAAACUAGCUUUGCCUUCAAGAGAAAAAAUGGAAGCUGAUAUUCAACAAAGAAAGGACAUAAACUCUAAACGGUAUGUAAAAUCAGAAAGACAUACCAUUCAAGCAGAUUACAUUGAAUACAUGGAUGAAAUAGCGUCUCUGAUUCAUGCUAAACCGAAUUUGUUGAAGAUUUUCUUCUUGGAUUUUCCUCUGUUUGCAAAUUUAUUAUUUGGUCCGUCCUUGCCGUAUCAAUAUAGGCUUCAAGGACCGCACCCCUGGGAUGGCGCUCGAACUGCGAUAUUAGAAUGGAAAACUAGAGUAGUUAAGCCCCUUAAGCAAGAUUACGAAGAGCAUUCCUUUGUAAAAUUUUACAUUAUUGCAUCAAUAUGUGUAUUUAUAGCUCUGGUGUUUAUGUUAAAAGUUUUGUUGUGAGCUUUGUUGAGUAUUUAUUUUUUAAAGCAAUAAUAUUUAUUCACGUUUUAUUCUAAAGUAUUUUAGUUAGC